AAUGAAAGACGCUGCUUGGUUUGCAGGAGAGUCCUGGAAUAUUGUUUUUUCACAUCUUCGAAUUUUAAAAUUCCUGAAUUUUAUAUCAAACUAUGUAUUAUUUGCUGGUUCUUCACUCAGCUUUUAAUUAAUAAACUGGGAACGAUUACAAAUGUUUUUAUGGAGUUAUAAACCAUUCAUUUAGGCUACUUGUGAUGUAAAUAUACAAGAAUGGGGAAAGCUAAGGCAGUGGAGCCAGAACCAGCUGAUAAGAUUAUACGAACUUUGGGUGAAAAUCUGUGUAUAGAAGUUUCUGAGGAGGAGAAGAAAUAUAGAAAUAAAAAGGGUCCAGAUGAUGUGAAGCACAUCCGCAAAGAGAAGCUGAAGUGUACAGUCUGCGGCAAGAGUCUGGCCGAUCUGGCCAAGAAGGCAACAGAACCGUAUGUACACAUGGUUCUAGGCGUAUUGGUGUGUGGGGACUGCUCAUCAUUCUAUGGUGAUGGCUAUUUCUCCGUAGAUGAGGACGGAGAUGAUAAGUACUGUCGAUGGUGUGGUCAGGGAGGCACACUAUACCUGUGUUCCAGUUGUACUUGCGCUUUUUGUAAGAAAUGUAUGAAGCAAAAUCUGGACAAGCAAGACCUAAAGGAUUUAGAGUCAGAUGAUUGGAAAUGUUUCAUCUGUAAACCAAAGCCUCUAUUUGAGUGUCGGACUGUUUGUUGGUUUUUGCAAGAAAAUGCUUCCAAGGCUAAGAAUGAAAAAGAUGAAGAAAAUGAUAAAGAAGAAACUGCUCCAACAAGAUCAAGGAGGGAAAGGGGAAGCAGAAAAUCUAUAAAAGAAGAGAACACGACUCCAGCAUCACGAAAACGAAAAGCAAGUGAAGUGGAAGAUGAAUCUGAAACUGAAAAAGAAAGAGGAAGCAAGAGGCGUAAGAGUUCUGAUUCAGGGAAGGAGACUAAGCAACAAACCACUUCAUCAAACAGGAGGUCAAGGAGUCAGUCCGUGAAAGAAAAGGAGGAUGAAAAAGAGUCUGAGGAUGAAUCUCUUAAAAAACCAUCUACAGUCGAACCUAGGUCCAAAAGAACCAGAGGCUCAAAACCUGAAGUGGAAUCCUCACCAAUUAAGAAGUCACCACGUGUUUCCAAGAGAAAUGAAGAUCAGUCCAAAAAGAAAACAGAAGAAAUCACAGUUUCUGAUGAUGAAAAUGAAGAGAAAGAUGAUUCUAUUGAAGAAGUUCCUAAAAAAGGAGCUAAUAAGUCUUUAAGAAAGGAUAGUUCUCCAGCUAUGGCAAAAACAACCACAAGCCAGGAAAAAGUUGAAAAAAGAGUUCGGUCCAAGAGACAUUUCUCUGAAAAAAACUGUUAAAGA